GCUCGGCGAUAGCCGGGAGCACGCGUCCGAGUUCAAGAAGGCGAGAAACAUCCACGUUGGUGAGGACGACCGUGACUUCGUUACUCCCGCUGACGUGCAGAGCUCCGAGCGACGAGGCCUCGAAGUGUAUUCGGAGGUGGGCCUCGUCAGCGAAAGUGAGUUUCAGCGGCUGGUCGGCUGCCUGCCUUCAAGCCUUGGCGUAAAGGCGCUUGGCCAAGAAAAAUCCAAUAACCCAAGACGGUUCACUCCAACCAACGAGGAGGGGCAAGAGCAGAAGUCGCUGCACUUGCUCAGUUUGGAGGGGCUUUCCUGCUGCGAGAUCCACAGCAUCAGGAAGGUAAAGCUCUACUGGCAGGUCAACUUGCAGAUGACAGAGGCCCUCCUUGAGCAGGCCGGCCAGCUUUCAGAUCUUCACCCUCACCGCGUCUACCAGUACAACCAGAAGACUAUGCUGGAGACCUUGCCGGACGGGCUCAGGGCAACAGGGAGGCUCAAGUUGAACACAGUUGCUGCUUUGCGGGAGAAGCACGCGUCUUUGCAAGCGGCACGCCAGUCCAAGGAAGUCGCGGAUCCGCUCGAGGAUGGCGACGCGAGUGCAGGUGCAGAUGACGUCUACUUGGCGAGCACCGAGGACCUGGAUACCGUCAUGCAGUCGCUAGACCCCGACAUGGCUAAGGUUGCCAAGGCAAAAGACUUGGCUGCCAGCAUCAAGGACCAGAAAGAAGGUAUCAUCCUUCAACACCGCAUUGAGGACUGUGAGCAGGCCGCAGCUUUGUGCAGUCCCGGCAUUUUACGCUUGCCCAAGAGGGACCUCCAGCUCAAUCUCAAGCGGAUGCAGCGUGGCAAGCAUGACCUUCCCGUGCCGUUGCAGCUCCAGGCAGCCCUGCGUUCCAUCUCGGACAAGACCCAGGAGCUGGUAGAGGCGCCCAGUCUGUCAGCCAAGACAACGAUUGCAGACGUGGUCGACAAGCUGUGCUUUUGGCGAGCCUUCCUCCAAAUUGAUGAUCAGGAGUCCAUGUCAUUUGAUGUCUUGGAGCCUUCCUUUGUGGCGCUGGCUGCAGCCUUGUCUGACACCUUCACGGGCAUGGCUCUUGAGGACUCAGAGCCCAACGUCGGGGAGUCCAAGGAGAAAGGGUGGGAGGCGUUUGCCACGUCCAUCAGCGGCGCCCUUGGCAACGAUGCUUUCUUCCAGAUGGUGCAGUGUCCCAAGAAAAACCCAGCGCUGCAGGAGUUGUGCGAAGGGCUGCUAAAGGCCUUCAUGGAAGAUGGUGCCGACUCCAUCGAGUACCCGAGCCCCCAUUUGAAGGAGGCCGCGCUGCGGGUCAAGCGGGCAAGCGGGUGCAUUGUUUCCUUGCUUGUCCCAGUUGCUGGCCACUGUGGUUCAUCUAUCGAGGAUGUCUUUCACAUUACCGGCUACGAGGGACAGGACAUGCUUGAGUCCACCCUUGCGAUGAGUGUGCAGAGCGUCGAGCAAUGGCAGGUCCUGGUGGACGAGACGCUCAAGACAGCUGCCAAGACCAAGCAGCUGGCGCCAGAGGUCCACUUUUUGCAGGAGCAGUUGGAGAACAGUUCAGAGCCGUGCGAAGUUGACGAAGCCCUCCGGCAAGCACUCGCACAGCUCAACAACUACAAGGCCUCUCUCCGUCAGGGUGCCACUCGAUCCCUCGAAAAGUUGCUGUCAAACCGGGUGAAGUUGGUGGCCAAGCAGAUGAUGUCCAAGCCAGCAGUCUCCUUGAAACCCGAGGACGUAGAUCUUCUCACUCGAGGCAUUUCCUACUUCCUGGCUGAGGAGGGCAUGGCUGACUUCCAGCGCGAGUUUGAGUCAUUCAAGGAGUCCAUUGCUUCCGACCUUUCCCUGAGUAGGCUUGAGGACUUUGCGCAGUCAAACCUUGACCUCCAGCAGUUUGACAACCACUCGCAGCUUAGUGUCUUGCUGCAUGAGACCGAGGGCCAGCUCUACUCAAAGCAGCUCAUCGAGAAAUUGCAGCAGCUUUGCUGCGUGGCAUUCCAGGUUCUCGACAGCCAGGUGGAUGCGGGAGAGGCCGGCGGGAUCCCAGAUGCGCAGCUCACCACAAUCCGGGCUCUGGUCACUGCUGCUUUUGCCUCAGAGGUAGCUGCAGCAAAGCUGCAGGCUGAACUCGAUUUGCUCAAGCAAGGGCUGGCAGUGAAGGCUGCAGAGGCCAGAUUCCUUUCGUUUGGCAAGACGACCAAAGACCGGUUGGACAAGGACAAGGGGGACUCCAUCCUCAAACAGAUCUUUGCAGCUCGCGGCCCUUUGACCAAACUGCAGACGAAGACCGACGAUGCCGGAUCGCUCCCCCAAGUUGAGGCUUGGGCUGAGGACCUUGACGAUGCCAGCUUCCCAAGCUUUGGCCGGCAUUUUGAUUGCCUUCCCGUGGCCAUCAGCGAGGCUUACCUGAAAAAGGUCUCUUUGCUCAAGGAGGAGUUUGUGGCUUUGGAUGAGACUGCAGGUGAGGUUUGCAAACAGCUGCAUUGCCCUGCGCAGUCCUGGAAAAAGUCCAUCAGCCCAACAGCCACCCUUGCUGAAGUCGAGAAAGUCGCCCAGGGCAGCAUCCUGAAAGAUGACAUCUCCGGGCCAACCAUCAUGAAGAUCAUCCAGCAA